AUGGGCUCUCUUCCUGGUGCUAUCCCUCCCUUCAAGGUCUUCGUCAUCGGAGGUCUCUCCUACGCCGGUGUCUCUACCACCUUGAACCUGCUUGACCUGAGCAGCGGCAAGUCGCCUCGUCUCGCUCACGUUCCCUACGAGCACCACCCAGACUUCAAGAACGUGCCCGUCGAGAUCACCCUCGUCGACGAGCGUGAUGGCUUCUUCCACCUGAUCGGCUCCCCCCUCGCCUUCGCCGACUCCAACUACGCAGCAAAGUCCUGGGUCAAGUUCGAGGACAUCGCCUCCCUCCAGCGCCCCAACGUCCGCUUCGUCCAAGGUUCCGUCUCCAAGGUCGACCCGGCCACCAAGACGGCCACCGUCCUCGACCACGCCACCAAGCAGCCCCAAGACUUUUCCUACGACUUCCUCGUCGCCGCCUCGGGCCUCCGCCGCGUCUUCCCCGUCGUGCCCCAGUCCCUCACCCGCAAGCAGUACCUCCUCGAGGCCGAGGAGCAGAUCCAGGCCGUCCGCAACGCCCCCGACGGCGUCGUCGUCGUCGGUGGCGGCGCCGUGGGCAUCGAGAUGGCGGCCGAGCUCAAGCUCGUCGAGCCCGACUCCAAGGUCACGCUUGUCCACUCCCGCGACAAGCUCCUCUCCUCCGAGGGCCUGUCGGACGAGUGCAAGGACAAGGCCCUCGAGCUCACAAAGGAAGCCGGCGUCAACGUCCUCCUGAACCACCGCGUCAAGGAGACGCGCAAGCUCGAACCGUUGGCAAACGGCCGCGCCCGCCACGAGAUCGAGUUCACAAACGGCGACAAGCUCGUCGCGUCCGAGGUCGUCAUGGCCAUCUCCCGCAGCGUGCCCUCGACAGACUACUUCCCCGCCGCCGCAAAGGACGAUGAGGGGUACGUCAAGAUCCACGCCAACAUGGUGCUCAAGGGCGACGUCCCCAACGCGGAAGACCACAUCGCCGUGGGCGAUAUCUGCUUGUGGCCCGGCAUCAAGCGGUGCGGCACGGCGAUGCACAUGGGUCACUACGCCGCCAUCAACGCCCACCAGCUCAUGCUGGCCAAGCUCACGUCGCAGGCGCACAAGCCCACGUUCUCGGAGCUCGGCCCCGUCGAGCCCAUGAUCGGUUUGGCGAUUGGCAAGAAGGCCGUCGCCAGCGGGCCCGUUGUGGGGACUACGUGGGGUGAGGAUGUCAUGCACGCGUACUUUAGAGACGACCUCGGCUUUACCAUCUGCUGGAACCACCUUGGUCUCGGAAAGGCCCCCGACUCUUGA